AUGGUGGGAAAGUUGAACUAUUCCAAGUGGGACAAUCUUGAGGUCUCUGAUGAUUCUGAUAUUGAGGUUCACCCGAAUGUGGACAAGCGCUCCUUUAUCCGCUGGAAGCAGCGUGAUAUUCAUGAAAAGCGCGAAAUGCGCAAGAUUCAGCGUUCGCAGUUGGAGGCGGAGCAUCGUACGAAUGAAGCUAUACUUCCACUGCUCCAUGCUCUGGCGGAGAACACUGACAAGGAAGGCGCAUCCUUUUACGAGAGGGAAGUAUCCCGAUUGACGGCAGGACGCGAGUCUCGAGGUAACAAAGAUGGCCCUGAUGGCCCCACGUUGGAUGAUAUCCUGCUCUCUCUUUUGCUUCAAAUCAACCUCGAGCCUGAUGUCAAGGAGAGUCAUGGAUCAUCUAAGCUUGGAGAUUCUCUUGUUUCCUCUAUGAAAUCGCAUCAAAGCAAAAUUGUGCAGCGUCAAAAAGAUAUCGAGACACAACUUCGUGAAAUGGACGACGAGGAUAAGAAAAAAAUUACAAGUGACGACUUACAUGAUGGAUGGAACAGCAGUCAUGUGAACAAGGCAGAUGAUGCGCCUGUGCCGAAGCAAAAGCCUGCGUCGAAGUCAAGUACGAAGACGGUGCAGGAGAUCGAGACGCUGAACCCCUCAGCAAGUGCCCCUACGCCUGUAGCCUCUACCUCUUCUGCUGACUCGGAUGACGAAGAAGCGCCGGUAUUAACACCAGUUAUGAAGGCUUUUGCUAGCCUCCCCACCGCACUCAGGUCAAUUCCUCUUUCGACAGACAAAUUUAUGCCUGGCUUUAACCCCGCGAAGCAAUUGGAUCUUGAAGCGUUCGAAAAGGCCUUCGAUUACCUGAGCUCGCACAAGGAGCUUCUUCGUCCUGACUAUGGUGCCUCUGAUGCACUUCUCAUGCAGGCGUUUGAGUCACAAAUGGCUGGACAAAAGUCACUGGCACGCAUGUGCACAGAGAAGGCAUUGCUCAUUCAAUACUGCAACCAACUUGGUCGGGACGGCGUAUCUCUCUUUUUCCAACGCAUGAUGAACACGGAUGGACGCGCUGCCCUUGUCUUCCUUAACGAUGUGCUUGCCACUUACACCCGUAUUGCCUCGCGUGCUGAUUCAAUGCGUGACAAGUUCCAGGAAGAGAGUGGAGAGGGAGUGGAACAAAUUCAACUCAUGUCCGAAGACCCAAACACUGUCAUUUCCUUUUCGAUUCCUGACGGUCCUCCCCCGGAACAUAUCAAGCUAGAGGGAGAAGGUACGGAAAAUUUAGAUGUUGAGCAGGUUCGUGAAUGGCUUCAGCAGCGCUGGGAUAUCUAUUCAAGCUUCGAUGACGAAUUCCGACGUGCGUUGGAAUCAAAGAGUCUUGAAAAAGUGAACGAAGUUCUUGGACGCAUGCCUGUGUCCAAAGCUGAAGUCGUCGUCCAAGAUCUUGAUCGCGCUGGUAUUCUUAACUUUAGCAGCACUGAAGUUCGCGACGAAACAAACUCAACGUAA